CCGGUUAAACCCUAGCAUGGGUUUAUGCUCGCGCCACACGCCAGGUCGUAUCCUCAGAGACAGAGACUAACCACCUGACAUGCAAAAUGCGAAGUUUAUGAACCAACGUAAUUUCCAUCAUCUCUUCGAAGGCACAUUCUAAGCCAUGACUGCCGCAAGAUUAUCACCGUGCGUAGCCGUGGCUGCAGCCGUGGCUGCUAUGUCCACUCUCUCCAAUAAGGCUUACGCCGAGACCUCCUUUCGGUUCCCUUUUCUCCCUUCUUCGUCGCCUACUUCAGCUCCCCAGGCGGAUCAGAAUUCUGAUGCUAAGUCAGAAUCUCAAGCUCCCGAUGAACCCAACAAGUCAGGUUUUGAUCCGGAAUCGUUAGAACGAGGGGCAAAAGCUCUCCGCGAAAUCAAUUCUUCUCCGUACUCUAAACAGGUUUUUGAUUUAAUGAGAAAGCAGGAACAAACUCGCCUUGCUGAGUUAGAUGCCGAGAAAGUUCAUUAUGAACUAAUUCAGUCCCAAGUUGAUAUUGAUAGGCAGCGGAAAAUAGCUGAAGAACAACGGAAUCUUAUACAGGAGCAGGCUCAGAGGCAGGCCCAGGUGCUGCGAUAUGAAGAUGAACUGGCUAGGAAAAGAAUGCAGGCUGAUCAUGAAGCUCAGAGACGACAUAACGUUGAAUUGGCGAAGAUGCAAGAGGAGUCCUCUGUUAGAAAGGAACAGGCAAGGCGAGCUACUGAAGAACAGAUUCAAGCUCAGCAGCGUCAAACUGAGAGAGAGAGAGCUGAAAUAGAAAGGGAAACCAUAAGAGUUAAGGCCAUGGCUGAGGCAGAGGGCCGAGCCCAUGAAGCGAAACUCACUGAGGAGCAUAAUAGUAGAAUGCUUAAAGACCGAUUGCAGGGUGAAAAAGACAAAUGGCUUGCUGCAAUUAACACGACUUUUAGUCAUAUUGAAGGUGGCUUAAGGAUCUUGUUGACUGAUAGGGACAAAUUGCUUAUGACUGUGGGAGGGGUCACAGCAUUAGCUGCAGGAGUAUAUACAACUAGAGAAGGUGCUAAAGUUACAUGGGGCUACAUUAAUCGGAUUUUGGGCCAGCCGUCUUUGAUCAGGGAAUCAUCCAUGGCAAGAUUUCCAGGGUCAAGGAUCUUAUCUCAAGCCAAAAAUAAAGCCUUUAGUACCAUGGCGAAGGCAGAAAAAUUUUCUGAGAGUAAAACUGGCCUUGAAAAUGUAGUACUCCAUCCAUCGUUGCAGAGAAGAAUAGAGCAUCUAGCACGGGCGACAUCAAAUACCAAGGCCCACCAGGCACCAUUCCGUAAUAUGCUCUUUUAUGGUCCUCCUGGGACUGGUAAAACCAUGGUUGCAAGGGAAAUUGCUAAAAAAUCGGGUUUAGAUUAUGCCAUGAUGACUGGAGGAGAUGUUGCCCCCCUGGGCCCACAGGCUGUUACUAAAAUCCACGAGAUAUUUGAUUGGGCCAAGAAAUCCAGGAAAGGGUUGCUGCUUUUUAUUGAUGAGGCUGAUGCUUUCCUUUGCGAGCGUAACAGCUCACACAUGAGCGAAGCUCAACGAAGUGCUCUAAACGCAUUGCUCUUCAGAACUGGCGAUCAGUCAAGAGACAUAGUACUUGUCCUUGCUACAAACAGACCAGGUGAUCUUGACAGCGCAGUGACUGACCGCAUUGAUGAGGUGAUUGAAUUCCCACUCCCUGGGGAGGAAGAACGUUUCAAAUUGUUGAAGCUCUAUUUGAACAAAUACUUGAGCGAAGACAAUGGCAGCUCAUCCAUACUCAGGAAACAAGCUCAAAAAAUUAUCAUGAAGGAUAUAUCCGAGGAUGUGCUUAGGGAGGCUGCGAAGAAAACGGAGGGAUUCUCAGGCCGCGAGAUAGCCAAAUUGGUUUCCGGCAUCCGAGCAGCCGUGUAUGGGCGCCCAGACUGUACUUUGGAUUCUCAGUUGUUUAGAGAAAUGGUAGAUUACAAGGUUGGGGAACACCAUCAACGUAUAAAACUGGCGGCUGAAGGCGGUCUUCCUGACAAUAUCUAGUCACUUGCUUUCCGCUUAUUGUCUGACGCUCCAGCGUGAACUCCGGGAAAUGCUCUUUCGACAUCUGGUUUUUUUUUUUAAAAAAUUUUUUUUUCUUCGAAUCCGUUGGAUCAUCACUAUACUGGACCCAUGAAGAAGAUUCAUUUGUAGAGUCCACUCCCCGUUCAUUCUGUGGGCCGAAAUUUUUGCAGGAUCCUUGGCAAAUUGGUGCGGAAUCUUGGGAAGCAUCUUAUUUUAGAAAAUAGAAAUGGAGGAAUCCUCUCGUGAGGCAUACCCUGUUACUAAUCGAGCCAAUGGCCCAUUGAGUUUUCUUCGUAUUAUAAUAAAAUUUUUAUUGAUGAA